CACAAAAACGGAGCUCGUGCCGUCUGGUCUCGCUUGCUUGCAUCUCAACCUGCAACUGUACCUGCGUCUACAACUGCAGACGUCCCCGUACCUGAACAAAUAGCUAAAUCCGUACCCGAAAUUGCACAUAGCUCUCAAACUGUACGCGAAUCUGUAACCAGAUCUGGAUCUGUAGCCGACUCGGAAGCUGGAGCUCGAUCGGGAUUCGGACCGGUGCCUUGA